AGGUGAAAGUGAGACAGAGGGAGGAGAGAGCCAUGCUCAGACGACCAGAGUGUGUGAGAGGGGUAGAAACAGGAGGACCUGACUGGGAAACAAUAGAAGGACAAAUCCACUCUGCUGUUUCUCCGCUGAAGAUAGUGAUGGAUUAACAAGGUGGGGAAUGGAGCCACCCUGCUGCCAAACUUCUGCCUGCAAGUUCUUCAGUUUAAACCUCUACAGACCACGUGGGAACAGAGACGAGUCUAAAAGAUCUGCGCUGUGAGAAACCAAAGUGGACUUUGUGGCUCUGAGGUACGAGACUUUGGAGCUGCACAUCCUGUGAUCAGGAUCAGGAGCCUCAAGGUGUCCCGAUCAUGAAACGAGCUAUCUUAGUGGGUCCUCACUCAGGCCUCCUGCUGGUCCUGAUGUGUUUCCCCCUGCUGGGCUUGGUCGAGUCUGCCACCAACAAAAAGGCCAAAGACAAUGGACACCCGCAUCUGGGUGACCCAGACCCAGAGCGCUGCGUGAGGCACCACUUUGUGGAAACCAUCAAGCACCCAAUUUACAAAUGUAACUCCAAGAUGGUGCUGCUGGCGCGCUGCGAGGGCCCUUGCAGCCACACCUCCCGCUCCGAUCCCAUCAUCUCUUUCAACUCAGUGCUCAAGCAGCCCUUCAAGAACUCCUGCUCCUGCUGCCGACCACACACCUCCAAGUUGAAGGCAGUGAGGCUGCGCUGCUCUGAGGGGACUCGCAUUACGGCCACGUACAGAUACAUCCUCGCCUGCAACUGUGAGGAGUGCAGCUGAGCAGGCGACAGAUCCUUCCCUGACCUUCCAGACUGUCACACAUUUUCCCCCAAAGAUUUCCAGAGUGAUUGAUAGAUGAGGAAAACGCAGCAGAGAUUCUAGCGUAGGAGGUUUUGGAGAAUCUUGAUUUACUCCCUAAGAUUGAGCGGCAGUUUUUGGGACUGGGGCGUCUUCUUUUCUCACUGCAGAAACCAUUCAAAGCACAUUUCUCUGAAGGUCAGAUGCUGCUCCGACAGAGCAGAGCGACUCUCUGUAACUCAGAACUCACUCUCUCACCGAAUGACUAUGGGAGAUCAUAAUCUGCAUCAGACUUUGAGCUCCAUCAAACACCCACCAUGCAUUUGACAACAAAACAACACGCCUCGUUAAAAAGCGGCAUGGGAAAAGACGAGGGGGUCCGCGAGAGCCCAAACAUAUGGUGGACUCAUAGAAGACCAGAACUCAUACUCAGUCCCUGCUGACCUUCAUGUGGCCGUAAAACAUGACAGGAGAACUCAUUCCGCCAAAAGAGAACUCUGAGAACAACUGACGGGUGAGCCGCCGCCUUCAGCUGAUGUGGACUGUCAUCAAAAAUACCAGUGUUUAUUUAAACUAUAAUCUAUUUGAAUCUUCAUGAUGUCAUCGACGUAACUUCAACUGCUUUCCUGCAGGACUGAUCAAACUGCUGCUGUGCAUCACUUUUCUUGAAACUCUCAUUAAAACACAUGUACAGUAUUAUAGCCCUGUAAAACGUCAAGCUCUCAUGCAGUUCCUUCUGUCUGUGUGGCUUUUUGUCCUCCAGAAGAUGUAAGUCUGUCUGAAAGUGAAACAUGUCAGCACUGUGGUCCAUGUCCAUUAAAUCUCUCAAACUACAACAAUUUGACAGUUCUUGCCAUUUUUAUUAGAAGCAGAGAAAUGAAGCUUAACCCCACAUGAGCUCUUUCCUUUGCUGGUGGAUGUUCGUCUGUAAACAAAUCAAUCAGGAUUUACUGAAAUCUGGAAGCUUGGCCCCAAAUGUCCCAAUGUAUCGAUAUACUAAGGUGCUUCUGCCAAAACUCACAAUCUAAAUUAUUGGUUCAAUCAUCUGUGAGUGAGACGGUUACUAAUGAGGGAUGUCAAGCAAAGCUAAUGAUGCCAAUGAAAUGUUAGAAGCAGUUUGAAAUGUAACAGAAUUAAAAAAGCAUCGUAAUUUUCCUUACUAAUAAUUAAAAAAAACACAUUUGUUGAAGGAAAUGAAGAAAAAUUCAAAUAAAUUUGGGAUUUUUUGCUUAAAAAUCGUUGUCAAAUUGGCCAAUUUGAUCUAGAAAACGAGAUGAGUAAAUGAAGAAGGUUUUUCAGGACUGUACUGCUACCUGUACAAAUGUGCGAGUUACAUUAGCCUUACGGACACUUUAGCACAUGCCGGACAAUUGUAUGAUCCAUUUUCUUGACAUCCCUUAUGCCUUACAUGCACCUGUACAGGUACUGGGGGUUUUUGGGUUGUCCGGGCCACUGGAUAGUCACGUGUCCAGGUAUGUCCUGCAUCUCCCUUGAUGCUUGUGUGGCCACCUCAAGGAAAAUGUAAGUUUUAUGCACUUAUGACGUAUGAGCAAUGCUGUUGUACUGCUGUUGUGCCCUUAUGCCAGAGUCUAGUCAUUAGUGAGGUGCAAGUUAUGGUUAUUUACAGACUGCAUGAAUGCCACAUGCAUGGGGUGUGCAGGUAAGUGCCCAAAGGACGCCUACUGUAUACGAUAGCAAACUACACUCUGAUUGUCCAAAUUCCUUAUUUCUAACAGUCAGACUGCAUUCAAGGUGUGCACACUUUUCACUUGAACAGCACGUUGUCUCUGCCAAGUUCAAGUUUGGGGAGGUUGAAAAAUUAAAAAUAUAUAUGAUAUACCUGUGUCUCACCUACUUUCCCCUUACCUACCCUACACAUUGUUCAAGUGGUCACUACCAUCUGUUGCUCACAAGCAUUCCUCUUCAAAACAAUUGUGCAUAAGCCUUUUUGCUCUAUUUGCUCAACAAGUGGUCUACGAUCUUAAAAUGUCUCGUAGGCCACCUGUUUGCCCCAUACAUGUUUACCAUUUUUAUCCACAGACAGCCUGUAUCCACCCGCAAGGGAAGUUGUGACAACGGAGUUAAGAUGGAUGAACAGGCCUCAUGGGAACUCUGAGACACACUUGUCUUCUUCUUAAGUUCUCUGUUAAGUUCAACAGAUCGGACAACCCAAAACCCACAGCAAUCUCCCGUACGCGUCCAUGUGACUGAGACUUGAAGACCUUCUCCAAUGAAAACUGUGUUUUUGGUGUUUUUAACAUGUUCUUGUGGCAUUUUUCUGAUGAUGGAGGACAUAUUUAAGGAAAAUUAAUCUUAAAAUUGUAUUUCUGAGUAUUUCUUUAUUCAAACUGUUGUGAAUCAGGAGCAGACAAAAAAGGCAAAUGAAAGCUUGUAGGUGUGAGUUGAAGCUACUGUGGUAAGGCACAAGCUCCCUUCGUCCAUUUAUUCUGAAGCAUCCACUUGUAGACAAAUAAACACAUGAAAGUC